GUACACGAGCUCAUUCUCGCUUUCGUCUUAUUUACGGCCGCACGUAGUAGUAGCACACACACGCGUACACAGAGCUCAGUACACUGAUUAACAGUCUCUAGAAACACCACAGGUAGAUAGAGUAAGGCCACUGAAAGACACACAGAGACGGUCCAAAGCGGAGGUUAGACCCAACACGCUUAUUUGUUCGUGAGGGUCUAUUCAGGGUGUUUAUAGUCGGCGUUCCUUCUCAUGUAAUCACCGGAAGCCGUGGAUUGUGAAAUUUCGUUUUAUGUAAUCAGUUCUUUUGCAUAGCUUUCCACGGGGUCACAUCAAGGAGUGUUCAUAGCAGAAGUUCCACAGAAAUUAGGAAAGACGAAAGUUCUGUUUAGGCCGUCAAGAAAAUUUCAGUGCGUUUUCUUUUUUGGUUGUGUUUCAGGGAUAACUGCAGAAAGUUAUCUAUAACAGUGGUCGGCGAGGAAAUAUAAUUCAAGACACUGCUCCGGCUGAUUUGUGAUAAAUUCAGAACAUAAUUUAAGAUUGCAGUGCCGGGAUAUCGUUGUAAAUAUAAAGGAAAGUGAACCAGUGAGCAGAUUUUCAACCAAGCAGACACCACCUUCCUCCUGCAUGGCGGCACAGACCCCUUCCACGUGGAUUACGUCUCUCGUGUUCCCUUCGCUGGAGGUGAUGAAGACCCCACAGCCUCACGUAGGACCCCAGCACCUCCCUCUGGCCAACGGACUCGUCAACGGCAGCCUCAGGCACGAGAACCAGGAGAACGGCCUGCCCAACGGCCUCCUGAACGGACACGAUCCUAACGUGCAGAAUAACGAAGUUGGGGAUCCGGCGAGAAACAUCCCGUUUUCUUUCCCGCCUAUGCCACCCGCUGUAACCCCGCCCAUCAUCGAGCCAACCCUAGCCAUUCGCCCCGAAGACUCAAAGAACUUGGAGAACUGCAUGAUAAAGCAUGACUCGACGCAUGGACAAGACCGCAAGAACCGCCCCAAGGAAGACUACAGCGCCGACUCGAACAGAAACACUGAAUCGAGGCGGAUUCGGUACCUCAGCCAGAGCGAGGACACACACGAGUACCUUUUUGGUGUUCCAGAGCCCUUGGAAGCCAUGAUGGAGGUGAGGGAGAAGGGAGAGGACGAAGAGAUGGAACUCAUGAGUAAGAAGUUGGGGGAUUUGUCGACCCUGGUUCGCGAACAUCUGGUUCAUGUGGAGAAUCGAUUAUUUGAGAUGUUCGGUGACAAGGAGAACCAGACCAUUAACAUCAACAAGUUUUUGAUGGGCCUGACCGCCACGGGACUAAGACAUUCCGACCAGCGGCUGGCGGAGAUGAGGAAGAAUCUGAGGAAAGUCCAAGAAAAGGUCGCAGCAUCCGACCCCCAAGCUCUCAUCGUCAAUUAUGAGACGUUUAUGAGCAUCAUCUCGGAAAAUCUUGAGAUCGUCGUGAAGGCUUUCUCCUCCUCCUUCGUCAUCCCGGACUUUCGCGGAUUCUGCCAUCACAUCGACGAAAUCUACAACAACUGCAAAGGGAACACUGAUGGCAAUAUCGCCUCCUACAUCCCCCAACUGGAACGUAUGAGAGCCGAUAACUGGGCCGUGUCAGUCUGUACAGUGGACGGUCAGCGUUACUCUUUGGGAGACGUCAACACUCCUUUCACGCUCCAGUCUUGUAGCAAGCCCUUGACGUACGCCUUGGCCGUGGGCUUGUACGGUACUCAGCACGUGCACAACUACAUGGGGAUGGAGCCGUCUGGCCGCUACUUCAAUGAGCUUUGCCUGGAUUUCAAUCACAAACCCCACAACCCGAUGAUCAACGCCGGCGCCAUCAUGACAGCCGCUCUCCUGAAGCCUGAACUGUCAGCCGCAGAUCGCUUUGACUAUGUAUUCCACAUGUACAAGCGCCUGGCCGGGGGGGAGUACCUCGGUUUCAACAACGGCGUGUUCCUGAGCGAGAGGGAGUGCGCUGACAGGAACUUCGCCCUCGCCUACUUCAUGAGGGAAAAUAAGUGCUUCCCUCCAAACACGAAGCUCCACGAGACCCUCGAUUUUUACUUCCAGCUGUGUUCGCUGGAGAUCACGGCGGAGGCAGGAGCGGUCAUGGCGGCGACCCUGGCCAACGGCGGCAUCAACCCACUGACCGGCGACCCCGUGUUGACCGUGGAAGCCGUGAGAAAUACCCUGACCUUGAUGCACUCCUGUGGCAUGUACAAUUACUCGGGGCAGUUCGCGUUCAAGCCAUUGAUAGACUCUCGACCUCUCUUCGCCGCUCAGGUUGGACUCCCUUCCAAAUCCGGCGUGUCAGGCUGCGUGCUCCUGGUCGUCCCCAACACCAUGGGCAUUUGCCUUUGGUCGCCGCCCCUCGACUCCAACGGGAACUCCUGCCGCGGCGUUCAGUUCUGCAUGGAACUCGUCUCGAGAUUCACCUUCCACAACUUCGACAACCUCCGCAACCACAUAACGACCAAGACGGAUCCCCGCAUGGCCAGAGCGGAGUCCCGCGCGCAAAUUCUCUUCGACCUCCUCUUCUCUGCUGCUGCUGGCGAUCUGUCCGCUCUCAGGAGACACUCGCUCUCAGGCACGAAUAUGGAGGCCAAGGACUACGACGGACGAACAGCUCUCCACGUCGCGACGUCGGAGGGCCACAUCGAGAUCGUCGAGUACCUCCUCAAGAACUGCCAGGUCAACCCGUUGCCCAAGGAUCGCUGGAGCCGAACGCCCCUCGACGACGCCCGGUGCUUCGGCUACCCUCGCUGCGGUGAACUCAUCAUCGACAUGUGCAAGAAAAGAGGAAUCGAAAUACCUCCCCCUGUAGCGGACGAUCCUAUGAAAGAGUAGAGAGGACCGCGCUUGGUACUCUUUAUAAUGUCGACGUCCCUUUUUAUAAGUGAUUUCCGUGCUGAAGAAGCGUAAAAGACACAGGGCGCGUGGUAGUAAGGGUCGAAGGUGCGAAUAAGAGGAGUCAGGGUCGGGAUUCGAAGCUUCGAUUCGCCGCCAAGUUUCGGAGCCGCUGUGUUGGAUGACGGAUUAUAGAUAUUGUUUUUUUUUUUAUAUAUAUAAGUUUGAAAUUUUAGAUACAUUGAUUCAGAUUUGUUGUUAGAUCUAUUUUUAUAAGAUAAUGCCUUUUUGUAAGAGCACUGUUGCCCCCUUACGUGAAUGAAGACAUGCAUACAUACAUACAUACAUAUAUAUAUAUAUAUAUAUAUAUAUAUAUAUAUAUAUAUAUAUAUAUAUAUACAUAUAUAUAUAUACAUAUAUAUAUAUACCCCUUUCAGUGUUGACAUUUUAUAAUAAUGUAUCCUCUGCUAUAAGAGGGACCAAAGUACAAGUAUGAUAAAUUAUUUAAAAACGCUAAACAUGCUUUGGGAUAAUAUGGUGCUUUUAGGAAAUUUAUUAUCCCUUAUGUCAUGUAAGCGCCUUAUGGCAGAGUGGAAUUUUUUUUUCAAGCGUUUUUUUAUGUUUUAUUCAUUUAUUCAUUUGUUUGUUUUUGUUUAUCUGUUGUUGUUUUUUAGCCAUGAUGCAGACCUUCGAACAAAUAAAUUUCCUUCUUUUCACUAUAAGUAGCAUAAUUAUAAUUAGUUUUAUUGUAACCCACGUAGCCUGUUUAUCAAUCACUCUGUAGCAAUUUACCUAUGUAAUUAAUUCCUGAAUAUUGUUAUAAGUCAAUAUAUCUUUGUAUACGUUAUUAUAUCCUUCAUGUUAUUCCAUUAUACGAUGUCGAUUCCCACUGCAUUCAGUGGAUCACAAGAAAUAUAGAUAAUAAAAUGUGGAAAAUA